AUGCCAUCUGAUGCCCCACCUAUUCGCACAGGGGUGCCAGGGGGAGAAAUGGGUGGUGAUGGAAUGGGUUUAAAAACUGGGUUGGGAGGAAGUGGUUCAGGGAAAGGUGAUGGUCAUGUGAAACUGGUUGGAAGGGUUAUGUCGACUCAAAUUUCCACUUUAUUGCUAAAUACAUCAUCUACAGCUGCUUCAACAACAACAGCAACAACAACAACAACAACAACAAGACCAUUGACGAAAGGUGUAGUGAUCGUUUCUGGUGUUGGAGGAUCAAGUUCAUCGAAGCCUCCUCCAUCAACAGAAUAA